GUUAUGCUAUGACUGGCUUCAGACUCCCCAUCAGCACUUUCAGAAAACUAAAUGUCUGGUUCGGACUGUGGGAGAAACUUCCCUCAAAUAAACUGUAUCCCACUUGGAGGAGAAGCUUAUUCUGUAGCUGUCAAGCAAGCACAGUAAACUACAGGAGAUGUUUCAGUUUUUCCCCAGUCAGACUCAGUGCACUAAGACUCUCUCCAGAGUAUGUCUCAGUAAUUUCUCUGCGGAACAAAAGCAGCAAAAGCUCUAAACGGAGCAGACAAAGUGUACAAGAAGAGGAGGAAGAAGAGGAUGAAGAUGAAAGUAAUUUGGAAGAUGAAUUUGAAAAUGACCCCAAUGUAGUAAAAGAUUACAAGGAUCUUGAAAAAGUAGUGCAGUCUCUUCGAUAUGAUGUGAUCUUGAAAGCUGGUCUAGACAUGGCAAGAAAUAAAGUAGAAGAUGCAUUCUACAAUAAUGAACUCAGGCUGAAUGGAGAAAAACUAUGGAAGAAAAGUAGAACUGUGAAACUUGGUGACACACUGGAUCUCAUAAUAGGUGAAGAUAAAGAAACAGGAACUGCUGUAGUUAUGCGGGUAGUCUUAAAAAAAUUAUCUGAUAAAACUGAAAGUGAAAAAUACAAAGUUAUUUUGAGGCGUUGGAAAAACUUAAAAGUGCCCAAACAGGAUGUACUGAAGUAACAAGGGGUUGCAUGUGGCAGCGUAAGAUUUUUGCAGAAAAACAUAUUUUUUGUUAAAUAUGAAUUUUGGUUGAACAAAAUUACAGUACCCUUUUUUAAGGGCUUGUGUCAGAAUGUUAUCUUGCUCUGCUGCGUACAUCAAUAAUCAUGCAAUAAGCCUGUCACUUUUUGCUGUUAGCUUUGUCUUGUGGUACUGUAAGUUAAAAGAUCCAACACUUACAUGUCCAGGAGGUUUCUUAUAAAUAAUGAAUCAAUAAAGACUGAUUUGAUCACUA